AUGAACUCAGACGACCUUACAUGGCAGUUGAUUAGCAAAUCAUUUUGCUCAUACGUGGUAAAAACCAAGACAGGUAGGUUUUGCCGCAAUGAAGAUAACGUGACUGGACUGUGCAAUCGUCACUCCUGCCCUCUUGCUAAUUCCCAGUAUGCCACAAUUAAAGAGCGAGAUGGUGUAAUUUACCUUUAUGUAAAGGCACCUGAGCGUGUCCCUUACCCUUCGAAACAGUGGGAGCGCAUCAGACUUAAAAAAAAUGAGGGACAAGCCAUUGAGCAGAUAAAUGAGCAUCUCCGCUACUGGGACCGGUGGAUACGGACACGGGUGAAAUUGCGCUACCUUCGAACCCGAGAUUACCUUAAGCAUAUGCGUCGCUUGGCUCUUUCGCGACAGAAGAAAAUUGAAACUAUUAACAAAAAGACAGAACGACGUGAACUGAGACGCGAGGAGAAAGCUCUUCGUGUCGCCAAGUUAUCGCGAACAGUGGAAAACGAGCUACUCGAACGUCUUCGGGCAGCCACUUCUUCUAAGGAGAUUUACAACAUAGACCGGUCUGCGUUUGAAAAGGCUUUGGAAAUCGAGGAGUUAGAAGAACCUGAAGAGAAAGAAGAGGAAGUGGUUUAUACCUCCGCUUCAGAGCUGGAUGAAGAAGAGGACUUGGAAGACUUGGGUGUUAUACAGGAAGAUGGGGAGGAAGAACUGGAGAUGGUCACAGUCGAGACAGGUCCCUCCUCAUCAAAAAGACGAAAAGUGAAGGUUGUUUAUGAAAAAGACGGAGAUAACUAA